AUGUAUAAUCAAGAAAAUCAAGGUGAUAAGAGAAUUAAUGAGCAAUUCGCCCUAUCACUACCAUAUGAUAAUACUAUUGAGGAUAGAUUAUAUAAUAAAUCAAUAAAACUAUCUUAUCCUUAUUCAGACGAAUGUUUUGAAGCAAAUAAGCAAUCUCUGGAUGAUUCUGAUCAGCUUCUAAAUCAAACCACACCGAUUCUACAAUCAAAUUAUGAUCAGUCAAGUGCACGCCCUAGUAUUGAUGAUUCCGAUUUGAUUGAUGAUUCAAUCAGUGUGGCGCAAUUGUCAACAACUCCGAUAUCAGUUACAUCAGCGUCAACGUCAUCCUUCUGUCCGACACUUAAUGUCGGUAGUGGAGAGGAAAUUAAUACAAAAUAUGCAAAAAUUGAGCAGUUACAAGGAACCAAGAAUGAUCAAAGUAGUAAUUUGCGGGUCAGUGACAGAUAUAAGAGACAUAUAGCUGUAAAGAGUCGGUUAAACGAAUUAUGCGACAUAAUUGAAAGGAAAGAUAGACAGCUGCGAAUAGUUCGAAAUGGACUUAAUGAGAAGGAUUUGGAAAUUAGAAAGUUGUAUGAUAGGAUUAGAGCUCUGGAAUAUAAUUGUGGAAGAUUACAAUCGGUGAUUGAAUCUGUUGGUGAUGAAUCUGAUCAAAAUCAGAUAAAAUUGCAAGAAAUUAUUAAUGAACGUGAUGGUUUGCUUGUUAGGAACGCUUCACUUUCACGACAGAUUGAAUUCGAGAAACGAGAAUGGUCUAUUGAGCGAGAACGUCUUUCAAUGGAUCUUGAUGAUGUUACCAGAGAACUUGAGUUGCAAAAAAUGAUUUUAAAUGGUGAAAAUAUCUCAGAAAUUGUUCAACGAUGGCAAACGAAAGUGUUUGAAUUGGAAGGAAUGAUAGCUGAUCGAGAUCGUGCGAUACGUGCUCAGCAAGUUCGAAUCAGUAAAUUGAAACAAUCAUUAGCAGAAAUUGAUCGUAUUUCUUGUGAUUCAUUCGAAUCACAAACAAAACUUGAUUCCUCCUCGUUCACCUAUGUAAAACAUCUUCUCUUACAGUAUUUUACUAGUUCGGAUGAAGAACGAAUGCAGAUAUUACGAAAUUUAUCAAGUAUGCUUCAUCUAUCAGAUGAAGAACAACGUCAAAUAUGGGCAAAUUUGAAAAGCAAAAACAACAUUUCCUAA